AUGGGCUCUCCUAUUUUUCUUGUAAUCGCCAACAUCUUCAUGGAGCACUUUGAGAAAGAGGCCCUCAGAAAAACACCUAAGAAACCAAAAGUUUGGUUCCGUUAUGUAGACGACAUUCGUGAUAUGGAGACAGGGCAGAGCCAAACUCCAGCUUUCAUCAUCUCUGACAAAGAACAUCUACAGACAGAACUCAACCACUUAAAACUAGCCUUACAGAAAAACGGACACGACAAAAAAGACAUAAUUAAAACAAUCAAUAAACAUACAAACAAGAUAACGAUCUCUGACACACAACCAGACGAAAAGAUUCUAUCCAUUCUCUCAUAUGUCAAAGGAACAACAGAUCGGAUUGGCAGAAUAUUAAACAAACACAAUAUCCGAACUAUCUUUAAACCACCCAAAAAGAUAGGACAAAUCUUAAGAAAUCCUAAAGAUCAAAGACCUCCACUCAGCUCCGCAGGAGUAUACAAAAUACUUUGUUUCUGCGGGCAAGUAUACGUUGGAGAAACCGGAAGAAUGGUCAACCUACGGAUAAAAGAACACCAAUGUGAUGUCAGGCUAAAACACGUCACGCAGUCAGCAUUAUCAGAACACAACAUCGAAACAGGACAUCAAAUACUGUUUGAUAAAACAACCACAAUAGUCAACAUUACUUCAUACUUUCCAAAAAAGUAUAGAGAAACCAUAGAGAUACAAAAACAUUCUAACAAUCUAAAUAGAGAUAAUGGCUACAACGUAAAUGAAAUAUGGAAAACCAUUCUUCCGGUUAUUGAAGACUGA